CUUCUCAUCUCCACUCCUAAUGGACUAACACUCAGACUGAUCAUCACCACUCUCUCCGGCUCUCUUAACUCGGACUUUUUUUCCCCUCCUGUCCACUUUUCAUCGCAUUUACAGCAUCCAGCAUGCACAUCUGCGUCCUCCUGUUCAGCGUGCUCCUGUGCAGCAACUCAGUGGCUCUGACGGUGUUUAAUGUGUCAGAAGAGCAUGAUCCGUGUCCUCUUGGUUAUUUCCCCUGUGGGAAUCUGAGCUCCUGCCUGCCACAGCUGCUGCACUGUAACGGAGUUGAUGACUGUGGAAACCAGGCGGACGAGGAUAACUGUGGAGACAACAAUGGCUGGCCUCAUUUGUUCGACAAAUAUUUUGGGAUGCCCAGUAAAGACGCUGGAAGAAAAUCAACCACCUGCUUACUUGGACUCGUACCAGCCGAGUGUCAGUGUAGAGAUUUGGAGCUCGACUGCAACGGUGCUCACUUUAAAGACGUCCCUACGGUAUCUACGAACGUCACCAUGAUGUCUUUGCAAAGGAACCGGUUAAGGAAGCUGAAUGCUGACAUGUUUAUUAAGUACAGAAAUCUUCAGAAGCUCUACCUACAGCACAAUCGCAUCAAAGUGGUCGAACCCUACGCAUUCCGAGGCCUUUACAACCUAACACGGCUGUAUUUGAGCCAUAAUCGAAUCUCCAGCCUGAUGCCAGGAGUAUUUCAGGACCUGCAUAAACUGGAGUGGCUGAUUCUGGAAAACAAUAAAAUCCACCACAUUUCCUCACUGACCUUUUCAGGCUUGAGCUCCCUUGUGCUGCUGGUUCUUUUGAACAACGCUCUGACAAACGUGGAGGACGUAUGCCUGGAGAUGCCGCGACUGAAUUGGCUGUAAGUUUGAAGAAAUCAAAUUGAGAUUGUUGAAAAUAGAACAUUCUGUUCCUGUAGCAUGCUCACUGUGCUAGUCCUUCAAAGAAACAGGAUCAGUCAUAUCCAUGAACAAGCGUUCUCUCUGCUGCGCAAGCUUGGCGAGCUAGACCUAUCCAGUAACAGAAUUGGGAAAAUCUCACCGGAUCUGUUUGUCAAUCUGGGAGAAUUGCUGCAGCUGAAUAUUUCGUACAACCCAAUUCAGGAGCUGCAAGCGGACCAUUUUGACAAACUGCACAAGUUAAAAUCAUUGAGCAUCGAGGGCAUCGAGAUAGCAAACAUUCACAGGAGGAUGUUCGAACCGCUCAAAAACCUCACACACAUCUAUUUUAAAAAGUUCCAAUAUUGUGGCUACGCGCCUCACGUACGCAGCUGCAAGCCCAACACAGACGGCAUCUCGUCGCUUGAGGAUCUGCUGGCCAACAUUGUGCUGCGUGUCUUCGUCUGGGUCGUCUCUGCCACCACCUGCUUCGGAAACAUCUUCGUCAUCUGCAUGCGCUCGUACAUCCGCUCAGAGAACAAGCUCCAUGCUAUGUGCAUCAUUUCCCUUUGUUGUGCAGAUGGUUUGAUGGGCGUCUACCUGUUUGCGAUCGGGGCGUAUGACUUGAAGUUCCGUGGCGAGUAUAACCGGCAUGCACAGGCCUGGAUGGACAGCUUGCCCUGUCAGGUGGUAGGCUCUCUGGCCAUGUUGUCCACUGAGGUCUCUGUACUGCUCCUUACCUACCUCACCUUGGAGAAGUACAUCUGCAUUGUCUACCCUUUCCGCUACCUGACCCCCGGACGCAGGCGCACUGUCACCAUCCUGGUGGCCAUCUGGAUCCUGGGCUUCAUCAUCGCGUUCUUGCCUCUGGUGUGUAAAGGAGAAUUCAGGAACUUUUACGGAACUAACGGGGUUUGUUUUCCUCUGCAUUCCGAGCAGCCAGAGACUGCAGGAGCUCAGAUCUAUUCCAUCGUCAUCUUUUUGGGCCUGAACCUCGUGGCAUUCCUCAUUAUCGUAUUGUCUUACGGAAGCAUGUUCUACAACAUACAGAGAACGGGGACUCAAACCACCAAAUACAGCAACCAUAUCAAGAAAGAGCUAACCGUGGCCAAACGCUUCUUCUCCAUCGUCAUCACAGACUCUCUGUGCUGGAUACCGAUAUUCAUCCUCAAGAUCUUAUCGCUUAUGGAGGUCGAAAUCCCAGGAACGAUCAGCUCAUGGGUGGUUAUUUUCAUCCUGCCCAUAAACAGCGCUCUAAAUCCCAUUCUCUACACCCUGACCACACGGCCUUUCAAGGAGACCCUGGUGCAGGUCUGGACCAACUACAGGCAGCGGCGGCCAUUGCUUAGCAGCCACCCGGCCCAUCAUCCAUCUUUUACUUGGCAGGAAAUGUGGCAUCUUCAUGAAAACAGCCAAAAUGUUGUGUGUCCAGAAUACCUGCCACAUCCUUCUGAAAUGUCCUGCACUUCAAGGACUUCCUAGAUGCUCUCUAUGGAGGGGGCUUGAGACAAUACACAGGGGUCCUGCUCAGCUUUAGUCUUAGACAGACACAUUUGUUUGUGUGUUUAUUGAGACAUACAUCCAUGAUCGAACCUUCAUACUACCGAGGGGCACAACAGCAGGCCUCGUAUCCUAUUCAUUUCCUAUGGAAGUGUGUGACUCGGAGCUGUGAAUGGAGCACGAAACGAAAUUGAGCAUCUUCUAGUUUUAUGCAGCGUCACGUACCAUGUGUCCGAAGGUUCGGAACACGUCUCCAAGGUUCUACUUUUUUCCGAACGCAAUACCUGCUUACACUGGCCUCCUGUGAACUUCAAACAUAGCCAGCAGAGAUUACAAGGAAAAAUCAAAAGAACGUUUUUAAAUGCCAUCAUGUUCUAGGUCUUGUUUCAUUCUGUUGCUUAAUAAUCGUGUUCGAAAUACGCCUCGUGUCCUGGACAUUGCUAAUUUUGUGCUAAAUAUUGCUAAGUCUGUGAUGAACAUACUGUAGGCAAAUCCAUUUCUAUAGUGACAACUUCGCAUUAUUCUGUUAGUAAGGUUUUUUGUUUCUUUCUUCUUUUUUCUUACAAACUAAUUUUUUUCCCAUCCAAAAAAGAAAACAGCACCACCAAUGAAUAUAAUAAAAAAUUACAUAUACAAAGUAGAGGCUGGGGCUGAAUUAUGUCUAGUCCAGAUUGUAGAUCCAUGCAACAAGUUCUGUCAAGUGUUUACCCCUCCUAUAUUUGGUGUCUAUUGGGUCUAAUUUAUUUGUGAUUAAUGCUCUUGUCAAGAGGGCUUUUUCUUUGUGAGAUAAUUGUGACCAAUGGUGAAAAUUGAGAAAACUUGAACAAGGUGAAUUCAUUUCACAGAAAUUAUAAUUUUUUAAAUCACUUGUAUUUUUGUUUUUUUAAAUGCCUUGAAUGAAUCUAGAAAUAAAUUCACAAGUCUACAUCGUCCAAUUAAAGUCGAUGGGACACAAGGCAGAAUGUUUUGUGUACCUUGACUUGAACAAACGAUCUAGCAAAUUGCUUUUCUGUUUGCUAUUCAGAUGAGGCACUGCAUAAUUAUGUUCUUAAAACAAUUAAGAAGCCCAAACACCAGCUGCCUCACAAUAAAAUCUGUCUUACAAGAAUGUGUUUCUGUUCCAACAGUGAAACCUAAUUCUAAAAGGCUUAACCUUAAUGCUGUUAUAAUAAUGAGGUUUAAUUAAUCAAACAAAAUCUUGAAAAGGUCUGAUUGAGAAAAUGUUUAAGAAUCCUGGAGUAUUGUUUAAUAUGGAAUAUUUUGAAAUGAUUUCCAUUUAAAGCAACAUGAAGUAACUAAUUGAAGGAAGUAACAUGUAGAGCAGAUGGAAUAAAAAAAUCCCUUUAAACCCAUUUUUCUGAUUUUUCUCUAAUAUGUAGUAAAACUUUAUUUUCCAGGAAGAACCCACACAAGAAAACACCUUUAAGAAACAAAUCAGUGACAUUUUGGCUUCUAAUGUGAACCAAGUUCCAGCUUUUUACUGCUAGUGGAUGGUUUGUGAGUGAUUCAACUGAUUAUAGUAAUCGUGUUGAUUAAUUGAAAAAGGUA